GACUUCCUGCGCAAGAUCCCCUCCAAGCUCCUCGUGGCGGAGCUCUACCAGCAGUGGAUGGCCGCCCUGCAGAAGAGCAGCAGGGAGGAGAGGCUGGUGGGGCUGAAAGAGGUGGCCCGCGAGUUACCCGAGGCCAACCUCCUCCUCCUCAACACCUUGCUGCGGCUGCUGCAGAACAUCAGCAGCAACGCCACCGUCAGCAAGAUGACAGCCAGCAACCUGGCCAUCUGCGUGGGGCCCAACCUCCUCGGCCCACCAGAGGAGGACACGCUCCCUCUGGACACGCUGGUGCAGGCGACAGCCAAGGUGACCCAGCUGGUAGAGUUCCUCAUCAACCACCGGGAGGAACUCUUUGAGGCCGAGGAGGAGCGGGAGGAGGAGGAAGAGGGGGCUGGGCUCGCCGCUGAAGGGGCCGAGGAGUCGCCGGCAGCAGGAGCAGAGGCGGAAAGCGCCGAGGUAGGUGAGGUCCACAAGCAGCGUGAGAGAAUGCCUCCCCCCUCAGAAGGUGGGAUUGCCGCUGCAGGGACGAGCAAGUUCAUCCACCCACCUGCAGCUUUGCACGAGUGCAGAGUGAGGCUGAUGCAGGUUGGCCAUCACUCUUUGUGCAGUGACCCCAGCAGAAGUGGCACAGCUGGGCUGAGCAAAGCCAUCCAAGGGAUCUGCCUUUUAGAGCUGAGCUGGAAAAUGGGCAGGGCUCAUCUUCUGCGUUUCCAUUGCAGGUGCCUGCAGUCGCUGCAGAAAGCGAAGGCCAGAAUAGCUCCUCUGGGCAGAGCAGCUUGCCAGGCUCUUCGCGGGAGGGGGGAAAUCCUUCCCCCCGGAAGAGAAAGCUCCCGCGCGAAGAGGAGGGUGAUGCGCAGCCCAGCAAGCGCAGGAGGAGCCUGGAGCCAGGGAGCUCAGGAGCGGGCGACUGAGCCAAGCCAGGUGGGGCGAGAGGAACAAGGAGCCCUGGUGUGUGAAAGAGCCUGCUCUCCCUCUUUCCAAUUAUCAUGCUGCUCUGAGUCUAGGAAAUAUUUCUGUGGUGCCCAGAGACGGCCCCAGAGAGGAGGCGUUCACCUUCCCUUGGGAGAAGGAGGAUGUCUGGAGGCAAAGAGCACUCCAGCGCUGGCGGUUUUCAUUUGGCACUUAGAACCCUAGAAUCAAAGAAGAGUUUGGCUUGGAAGGGACCUUCCAAGGUCACCUAAUCCAACCCCCCUGCAAUCAGCAGGGACAUCUUCAAUGAGAUCGGGUUACUCAGAGCCCCGUCCAGCCUGGCCUUGAAUGUUUCCAGGGAUGGGGCAUCUACCACCUCUCUGGGCAACCUGUGCCAGCAUUUCACCGCGUUCAUUGUAAAACAGUUCUUCCUCUUGCCUUUGUCUUUGUGCUUGUCUUGGUCUUUGUCUUGGUUCCUCCUUCCUUUAUUCUGGUUUGGUUUUACUCUCUGUUCUUACUGCAGCUGUACCCAGGCCUGGCCCUCGAAGCAUAGAUUUGUACGGCAGUUGAGUCAAAAGCCCCUGUGUCCGCUCAAGCCACCCCAAGCUCGCACAAUCUAAAUCAUUCUUAGCAAACCACCAAAGCCUAAUACUCAGCCCUAAGGAAUCCUGCAGAGGAGAACUGUGGAUGGGGAUUGCCUAUCCCGGCAAAGCAUGACUUGCUUGUUCUCCUCUCAGCCUUGUACUUAAUGCCUGUCUUUUCCCCCCCUCUUUCUCAAGGCAGGUUGAAGAGGAAGUCGCCCUCGUGUUGCCACCCUCACGUUGGCUCGGCCGGACGGUCCAGAGUUUGUUGUAGUUAGCUUGUUGGUUAGCAAGUUACUUAGUUUGUUAGUUAGUUUCUUUGUUUGUUGGUUUGUUACUUAGCAGGUUAGUUAGUUUGUUUGUUGGUUACUUAGCAAGUUAGUUGGUUAGUUAGUUAGUUAGUUAGUUAGUUAGUUAGUUUCUAGUGUAGGUAGCUGUGUACUGAGUGCACUUUUUUUUCACAUACGGGUUUGCAAGUUUCCUAAAUUUUCCCAUAGGUUUUUGAGCCAGUAGGGCAAGAGAGUUUGUUUGUUUGUUUGUUUGUUUGUUUGUGAGUUAGUUAGCAAGUUUGUUAUUUUGUUUGUUUGUUAGUUUCUAGUGUAGGUAGCUGUGUACUGAGUGCACUUUUGGUUCACUUACGGGUUUGCGAGUUUCCAAAAUUUUCCCACAGGCUUUUGAGCCGAUAGGGCCAGAGAGUUGGUGAGUCAGGUCAGUAGGUAGGUAGGUACAUUUGGCUGAACUGCACAAGCUCCCAACAAAUGUCUGGAGAACAGCCCUGCUGUCAACAACGUCUGCGGCUGCACAAGAUGAGGGCCUGUCUGAAGGAGCUGCAAGAAUCCACUGCCAAGCAAGAAAACCUGGCGACCGAGCGACUGAGGCAGGAUCCAGCUGUGCGAGCCUCAGUCCUGCUGAGCAGGGUGUCCGGCGCGGAUGUGAGCCCUGGCUGCAGCUGUGAGGGGACCGUGGCCCCGCGAGGUGCCAAAGGAAGAAGACUUGCUGCUGCGUCAGGGCACGACUUACCUGUUGUGGUUGUUCUCUCACUGCACAGUCCAAUGCGACGUUCUGCUCACUCAGGCAAAGCCCAGUUUAAACAAAGGAAUGUAUUACUUUAGCCAGUUGCGAGUUACCGAUUUCCAGUUAUUCCUCAUUUCUACCUCCUCUCUUGUUUGGUACAUUCCAGAAAGUUUCUGUAACUAAAGAUUUAGAGGGAUUUCAGAGAGGUUUUAGAACGAACCACCUCGAUUCUGCCACUUGAUCUCUUACAGACUUAACGUUGAACUUGGAGAUGUUCAUCAAUACAUUCCCUCCUUUCCACCUGAAAUUAAUAACAGUACAAUAAACCUGAGAAU